ACAUAUCAGUUUCGAAUCUUCAAUGACCCACUCUCGCCACUGCCUCACGGAUCCCUCUCCUCGGAGCGAUUUUCCUUCACUUUCUCGCAUUUUCCCACUCAUUUUCUUUCACUUUCCUUCGACACGAACAAGAUUCGCGCUUUCAUCUCUCCAGACCCAUAAAGAAUGUCCCUUUGCUCCCCCUUCAACGUAUUCCCUUCCCACGCGCCCAAACCCCAAAGCUUCAGAGGCUCCAAAUUCAUCAAACACUUUCGGGUAAAUUCGUUUCCUUUCACUCUUACAUCCCCAACCCAUGAUUUCUCUGGGAAUUUCAGUUUCAGAAGGGAGAGGUUCGAACCGAUUUCGGCCUUAGACGCGGCAAUUUCAGAAGCUGCUUCGUCAGCUUCCUUCAGGAACAAAAACCCUAACGACAUCAACGUUCUAGUUGUUGGUUCUACCGGAUACAUAGGCAGAUUCGUAGUGAAUGAGUUGAUUAAGAGAGGGUUCAAUGUGAUUGCUGUUGCGAGAGAGAGAAGCGGAAUUAGGGGUCGAAGCGACAAGCAAGAGACUCUGAAUCAGUUGCAAGGUGCCAAUGUGUGUUUCUCUGACGUUACCCAGUUGGAUGUUCUUGAGAAAUCUGUAGAGAAUCUAGGGUUUCCGAUCGAUGUCGUUGUUUCUUGCCUCGCCAGUCGAAGCGGAGGCGUUAAAGAUUCAUGGAAGAUCGAUUACGAAGCCACAAAGAACAGUCUUGUCGGUGGAAUGAAGUUCGGGGCGAGACAUUUCGUUCUGCUCUCUGCAAUCUGUGUGCAGAAGCCUCUCUUGGAGUUUCAGCGUGCAAAACUGAAGUUCGAAUCCGAGUUAACGGAUUUAGCGGAGAAAGACUCGAGCUUUACGUACAGCAUUGUGAGGCCGACGGCGUUUUUCAAGAGCCUAGGAGGUCAGGUCGAUCUGGUCAAAGACGGGAAACCCUAUGUGAUGUUCGGAGACGGGAAGCUAUGCGCUUGCAAGCCGAUAAGCGAGCAAGAUCUGGCCUCGUUCAUCGCGGAUUGCGUCUUGGAAGAAGACAAAAUGAAUCGGGUUUUGCCCAUUGGAGGACCCGGGAAGGCAUUGACGCCAUUGGAGCAAGGCGAGAUCCUGUUCAGGCUGCUCGGGAAGGAGCCUAAGUUCUUGAGAGUUCCUAUCCAGAUCAUGGAUUUUGCGAUAGGGGUUCUUGAUUUCAUGGCCAAGAUCUUUCCGGCCAUGGAAGACGCAGCCGAGUUCGGGAAGAUCGGGAGGUAUUACGCGGCGGAGAGUAUGCUGAUUCUGGACUCGGAGACGGGAGAGUACAGCGACGAGAAAACGCCGAGUUACGGGAAAGAUACGCUCGAGGAGUUCUUCGAGAGAGUGAUAAGGGAAGGGAUGGCUGGUCAAGAACUCGGCGAACAGACAAUCUUUUAGAGCACUUGAUAUACGCUUGUACAUUUUAGUAUUUUACCCUUUUUUCUUCUUCUUAAUGGAUUCUUGAGGGAUUUCUUAGAGGUU